AGACCACUAGAGGGCAACAUCAACAGAUUGCUUGUGACCAGCCUGAGAAUCCUUUAUUAGGAAACUCUUCCGGGUCCGUCUUCCUCUUCCUUGCAGCAUCGGGUCCGCAAACAUGGUGAACGUCCCGAAGACCCGCAGGACGUACUGCAAAAAGUGCAAGAAGCACCAACCUCACAAAGUUACCCAGUACAAGAAGGGCAAGGACUCUCUGUACGCCCAGGGUAAGAGGAGAUACGACCGUAAGCAGUCCGGAUAUGGUGGCCAGACCAAGCCUAUUUUCAGGAAAAAGGCUAAGACUACAAAGAAGAUCGUGCUGAGGCUCGAGUGUGUUGAGCCUAACUGCAGAUCCAAGAGAAUGCUGGCCAUCAAGAGAUGCAAGCACUUCGAGUUGGGUGGAGACAAGAAGAGAAAGGGCCAGGUCAUCCAGUUCUAAGCGAGGUCCUCCACUGGCUGGUCUUUCGGUUUUCAAUAAAGUGCUGAAAAUGA